CCACUCCUGUCUGUCUCCCUCCGACAGGUGAGUGUACUGUAUGAGAGUCCGAGUAACAAGCCUCUAGCCUCUCAGCCCCUUCGAAGGGCAUCGUGCUGCCCGACAGGUGAACGGCUGCUAGGAGCGCCACCCUAUCUGGACCAAAUGUGGACGGCGGAUGUCAUUAUGCAGCACUAUGGGGUGAACGGCUACUCGCUGCACGCUAUGAACUCACUCAGCGCCAUGUACAAUCUGCACCAGCAGGCAGCCCAGCAAGCCCAGCAUGCCCCAGACUACCGGCCAUCGGUGCACGCUCUUACGCUGGCUGAGCGCCUGGCUGACAUCAUCUUGGAGGCCCGCUAUGGCUCCCAGCACCGCAAACAGCGACGCAGCCGCACAGCGUUCACGGCUCAGCAGUUGGAGGCCCUGGAAAAGACCUUCCAGAAGACUCAUUACCCAGAUGUGGUGAUGCGUGAGAGGCUGGCCAUGUGCACCAACCUGCCUGAGGCCCGGGUGCAGGUGUGGUUCAAGAACCGCAGGGCCAAGUUUCGCAAGAAGCAGCGCAGCCUGCAGAAAGAACAGCUCCAGAAGCAGAAGGAGGCUGAGGGCUCCCAUGGGGAAGGCAAGACAGAGGCUCCAACCCCAGACACCCAGCUGGAGAUGGACCAGCCCUCCAGCCUGCCAGGUGGCGAUGCCCCUGCUGAGCUUCACCUGAGCCUGUCUGAGCAGUCGGCCAGUGAGUCAGCCCCUGAGGACCAGCCGGACCGUGAGGAAGACCCCAGGGCUGGGACCGAAGAUCCCAAAGCUGAGAAGAGCCCUGGGGCUGAGAGCAAGGGGCUGGGCUGCAAGAGGGGCAGCCCCAAGGCAGAUUCCCCAGGCAGCCUGGCCAUAGCUCCUGCAGCCCCAGGGGGUGGCCUUCUUGGCCCCUCCCACUCCUACUCCUCCUCCCCGCUGAGCCUCUUCCGUCUGCAGGAGCAGUUUCGCCAGCACAUGGCGGCCACUAACAACCUGGUGCACUACUCAUCGUUUGAAGUGGGGGGCCCAGCCCCUGCCGCUGCUGCUGCCGCCGCUGCUGCAGUGCCCUACCUGGGCGUCAACAUGGCCCCGCUGGGCUCACUACACUGCCAGUCCUACUACCAGUCCCUGUCAGCAGCCGCUGCUGCCCACCAGGGUGUGUGGGGAUCCCCACUGCUGCCUGCGCCCCCAGCAGGCCUGGCACCUGCCUCGGCUGCCCUGAACAGUAAAACCACAAGUAUCGAGAACCUGCGGCUGAGGGCCAAGCAGCACGCGGCCUCCCUGGGACUCGAUACGCUGCCCAACUGACUGUCCGGCCUCCCACCCAGCCAGGGGUCUUGGGUGCCUCCUUCCCAGCCCCAUGGUUAUUCCCAGAAGGCUCUCUAGGAUUUAAUUUUGGGAGCCCAGGAAUCCUGGGGUCUGGAGGUCUCUCCCUGUCCCCCUUCCUCAGAGCCCCAGGUGAAAACUACAUCCCUCUGCAUGGCCCUGCUUGGACCCCAUGGAGGCCAAAUGGGGAGGCUGUGAGAGGCUGGCUAGAUCCCCUUCUCAGUAUGGCCUCCUCCUUCCCUUCCCUCCCCUUCUGCCCCCUAGUCAGUUGAUGUGUGGAAUGUGAGAUAUAAAUAUAAAUAUAUAAAGCUAUAUUUUCAGGCACUGCCUGCCCCAGGUCCCCUGUCCCCUCCUAUCUCUUCUCCACUGCCACCCCUGCCUCCACCUACAGCUUCUGCACUCACUCCAGCCUUCCUCUUCUCUCCCUUCCUUGGAAGCUCCCUUGAUCUCUCUGUCCCUGCCCCUCUGUCUUGCCCACUCUGGUCUCCCUCUCAUGUCUGUCCCCCCUGGUGCUGGCUGUGUUGGUGUCCUCAGUUCUCAAGCUGUGUCUUGUGGCCUUUUUAGUUUUAGUAAUUCUGCUUCUUCCCCUCUCUCUCGUCCUCUUCUCCCUCCUUACUUCUUCCCUGCCUGCCCCUGUCUCCUUCCCGGACCUGUACCCUCUCUAGGCAACAAUUCUAUUUCAUGCCCAAAUAGGCAAUAGAGCCCUCACUGGAGACCCUGGAGUGGCGGGCAGGAGGUAGCCCUGGCCUCACAAACCUCCUCCCCAGGUCUGACAUCUGGAAGGCUACAAGAGCCAUUUUCUCUUCUUAGUUUGGAGGUCCCACCCAGAUCCAGGAGGGAGUAGAGGCAGGAUGCAGGCUGGGUGGGCAGUAGAACAGAAAGCAUGCCUUCCUGUGCAUCCUCCAAGGCCCGAGGCUGGGGUCAGUAAUGGUCACCAGGUCUGACCAGGGCUCUGGAACCCUCUUUGGUAAGAUUUUCUCUGAUUGGAAGGAGGUGGUGGGGAGGAGUGCCUAAGAGAAAACAGGGCUGGUACUCCUCUCCCGCAAUCCCAAUGUGAAUUUUCACAUUCAGCAGUUUCUGGCUCUUCCCGGAGCACAUCUGAGCCAGGAAGGUUGAACAUGGGCUCCUGGUCACAGUGAAAUGCAAACCACACAACAGCACAUAGUGUCAGGCUUCUGUUGACUGCCUGUUCCAGAGCCAACUAUGAGAGUAAUUCUGCCUGGCUAGUCACUGGCAUGGUGAGGUAUGUUCCUGUUUAUGGCCAGGCCACUCAGCUCAGCUGACUUCCUCUCACAGUAGCAAUGUGAGCUUGGCCAAGCCUGAAGCUUCUUUGGUACCAUUUCCCUGUCUGAAUUAGACGGCCCAGAAGAUCCUAUCCAGUUCCAACAUUCUGCAUUCUGUGCUCACAACCUUAUUUGGCAGAAGUUCUUAGUUAAAUUUAACAUAACAACCACAACAACCACAGAAAAGCUCUCAGAAGGCACAAGUGAAUUAGAAAAUUACUGUUGUCUUGUUGUGGAGCAAUGAGUAUAGUAUGCAUAAACCUCUCUGUGAACACUGCCUCAGUUUCCCAGUAAGUGUAAUGGGUCCCUUCUAUUUCAGAUGAUCUGGAUUUUUGUUGUUGUUGUUGUUGUUCUUUUUAGAUAGACAUGGCAGUGGAUGAUCUAGAUUUGAUUCUGCUUUUCUUGAGUUCCAGUGCUAGCCUGUAGGGUCACCCCAUUUCCAUGCCCAUGGUCAGGGAGAGGGGGAUGGGUUGAACAGAUUCCUUGUGGUAAUCCCAAACCCUCUGUGAUCCCCUCCAUCCCUGCUUAGAGAAGUUUAAAAGACUUGUCAAGUUCCAAGGCUUAUCUCCCUUGCCUCCAGUGGGUGCCCUAGUAAGAUUGGUUUGCAGAACAGUCAAUGCCCAUCAUCUGUGGGAGGUCAGCCUGGAAUGGGGCAGAUGGAGAAGGCUUUGGACAGGAAAAAGUGAGAAGAGUGGUAGGUUGGGCCCAGAAAAUGAUUUGAACAAAGCAGGAAAGAUGAAUCUAAGUGGAUCAUAUCACAGGAAGGCUUCAUGAGAGGUGGGCCUAAGGGGUCUGGAAUCUGGGUUAAAGAGCCCUACCUCCCUCCGUGUGACAAGUACCAAGGUAGGCAAAUUGAGGGAUUCUGAGCAGGAGGUAUCUUGCAGGGAUCUGGAAUUUGGAAAGUGGAUCCAAAGCCAUGGGAGUAUCAGAGGAGGAGAGACCAAGCCAAGGAAUGGGAGGUUGGCAAAGAAGAGUCAAGAGGAGGUUUUUGGUUUGGUAGGGUUUUUGGUUUGUGCCCAUGGUCAGCUCCAGGAAGUUCUGUUUCUGAAAUAAACACAGAUCUCAUCUGGACCAGGCAUGGGGACUAUUCUUGGGUACAACUGAUGACAUGUGUUUUGGAAUCCAAUAGCCUUAGACAUCAAAAACCCCUUCCAGGAAGCUUCCCCUGACCUCAUAAGGGGCAAGUCCACCUGGAGUCGUAUUCUGACUCCAGGAGGUUGGGCCCACCCUAGGCUCAUCCCAGUUCUUUGUUAAUACUUCUCUCCUUCAGUUGACCAAAACCCACAAGCCCAGAAAAGUCAGGGAAGGUACAGGUGGGAUCUCAAGUCAGUUUAAGGCACCAGUCUCAAGUACUAAAAGCAGGUGGAGAGCAAGCAGAGGGAGUCCUGGCAGCGGGUAAACCUGUGUGUCCUCAAGGAGUCAGAGGGCACUAGCUUGGGUGGGCUCAACCCCUUAACACUGAUGCUGGAGUCUCUCCCAGGCCUGUGGGGCCACCCUGAGGGGCGGGAGAGAGCCUGAGGCUCCAUCCCUGACUGUCCCUAAUUCCUCUCUGCUCACUCCUAUUUGUGGUCUCCCUUUUCCUGUUGCCUCACUCCCCCAGAGUGUGUUCCGGGGACCUGGGUCCCCACCUCAACUCUAAGGCUGGCAGACUAUACGGACUGCUUUCCAAAUCAGCUGUUUUGUGAUCAUUUGUGCUUAGAGGUUGUGCCAGCCCAUGGCGAAAACACUGUGUGUACUGUAUUUAUUUAUUCUGUUAGUUGAAGAAACAAGACUCAAACGAUUCCCUUCCCCCUGCCCUGUCCCCUGAGUAGUGCAGCAUGAUGCUCUGUUCCGUGUAUCUGUCUGUCUGUUGGUCUUACUUCCUGUGACGUUGUGACCUGUUCUUUGUCCUACUUGGCUAAUAAAAGAACCUGGCAGCACA